CACAUGUAGACUGUAGUAGUAGUACGUUUCUGUUUAUAAAUAAAAGAGGAAGAAAAGGGAUUAAAAUGUCGGCAUUGUAGUAUGGCGUCGGGCGAGAAGAGCGUGAAGAAUUUGGGAGGAAAUUCUCCGGGAGGCGAGGAGUCAUCGGAAAGUGAUGGGGAAACGGAACCGGCUAAGUCGUUUCAUAGACGGUUGUCGACAAAUCGCGAUAUAAAAUGUUCGGCCUCAACCAAAGAAGGAUAUCUCCUGAAGCAGACGUGGUCCUUUCAGAGAUGGAGAAGGAGGUAUUUCAAACUAAAAGGAAGAAGAUUGUAUUAUGCCAAAGAUACCAAGGCUGUGAUUUUCGACGAGAUCGAACUCACCGACUUGUGCCUAGCCGAGUGUUCAACCAAAAACGUCAAUCACAGUUUUCAGGUGAUCACCCCGUUUAGAUCGCUGGUGCUGUGCUGCGAGUCCCGUCGCGAGAUGGAAGAGUGGCUGGGCGCCCUCACUGCCGCCUCCCAGCGCCGCUACCACGAUUCCGAUCAGCCGGACUGCCUGUCCGGCCAGCACCACUGGUACGCCACCUCGCACGCCCGCCCCACCUACUGCAACGUGUGCCGCGACGCGCUGUCCGGCGUCACGAGUCACGGGCUCUCGUGCGAGGUGUGCAAGGCCAAGGUGCACAAAAGGUGCGCCGCCAAGGCCAUCAACAACUGCAAGUGGACCACGCUGGCAUCGGUGGGAAAGGAUAUCGUCGAAGAUUCCGAUGGAAAUAUCGUGAUGCCACAUCAAUGGAUGGAGGGUAAUUUGCCAGUGUCUGCAAAGUGCGCAUUUUGUGAUAAAACCUGCGGUUCAGUACUUAGGUUGCAAGAUUGGAGAUGCCUGUGGUGCAGAGCUACAGUCCAUACGCAAUGUCGACAUAAUUUACCAACCAACUGCCCCCUGGGCCCUGCUAGGGUCAGCGUGGUGCCCCCUACAUCCUUGCACUCCGUACAGGACGAAGCGUGGGAGGCUGUGAGGCCGCAAGCUUCAUCUCCUCUUUUGGUCUUCGUCAACUCCAAAUCAGGUGACAACCAGGGCGUUAAAUUCCUUAGACGCUUCAAGCAACUACUUAAUCCCGCACAAGUAUUUGAUCUCAUUUCAACCGGCCCACGUUUGGGCCUAAGACUGUUUCGACAUUUCGACCCAUUCCGUAUUUUAGUUUGUAGUGGGGACGGCUCCGUCGGCUGGGUCCUGUCCGAAAUAGAUAAGUUAGAUAUGCAUAAGCAGUGCCAAGUAGCAGUAUUACCCUUGGGUACCGGAAACGACUUAGCCAGAGUGUUGGGAUGGGGUUCUUCGUGCGACGACGACACCCAUCUGCCCCAGCUGCUGGAAAAGUACGAAAAAGCCGGCAGAAAAAUGCUGGACCGCUGGAGCGUAAUGGCGUUCGAGCGUACGAUAGCCAUGCCGAAGUUGUCGCUCACCCCUGGAAUGUACGACGGUCAAUUACACACGCAGAUAACUCAGUACGAAGACUCCCUAGUGAUGCAUUUGCAGAACAUCCUGCAGAGCGAUGAAACCUCGGUGAUCAUCAACUCGGCCAAAAGGCUGAUGGAGACGGUCAAAGAUGUUGUGGCCCAAUUAGCCGACAGUUCUCUGACGAAAGGCGACGAACAAUUGGCGAGAAAGUGCGAUAUUUUGCAACAAAAACUAGAAUUACUCCUACAGACUUUAACCAGCGAACAGAUCGACGCUACAGUUGUGAACGUAGACGAAGCGGAUAGUUCGAUAAAAUCGACGAGGCCAGACGAUACCGACAGCGAAAUGUCGUUCGAUAAAGGAAAAACGGAAAAAUGCGAGAAAGACUUAAACAACUUCAACUUCAGAAGGCACCGGCGCACUUCACGCUUCAUGGAGCGCGAGAAAGACGCCUUGCUCAACAGGGCGAACAGCUUUAAGAAAGCUAUACGAAAUUUGGUGGAACACACGGAACAAGUUGUGGACGAACAGAACCAACAAUCCGCCGCUAAUAUUCCCACGGUGAAAAUAUCCCUUUCUUCGGACGUCGACAAGGUUGAGAAAGAUCCAACGAAAAUGGACUGCCUCAAAGUGAAGCCCACCAUGGAUUCUGGAUCCAGUUCCGACCUUAGUUCUUGCCCUUCGCCCACUCCCUCGAUUAUUACCCAAAGGCUAGUCAACAUUUCCCCGAUGCCUGAUCUUAGAAGAGACUCCACCUUCGAGGAUCCUGAUCUCAUAAAUCUCCCUGCUCCACCAGGAUUUGGAGAUAGCAGAAGAUCCAGUCAAAUACAACCUCAAACGACCAGCGAAGCAGCAAUAGAAUCGAUGCUUCUGGAGACGUGCACGAACCUCCUCAGUCUCGAGAAGCAGCAGAAGCCCAUCGAAGUGACCAUAGAAAAAUUCGUGGACGAAACGCUGGAAACGAAGCAACGACGGGACAGCACGAAGAGCCUCGGCGAACGCCACGACGACGAAAAAGAAUGCAGCAGCAUAUUGUCUGCGAUAUCGAACGAGGAAGCUAGCAGCAUAGCGUCGGAAAUACUCGACCAAAAGUCGUUUUGUCCGCGUAAAAACAGUGACGGUGAGGACGAGAACGGGCACAUUUGCCACAUUGAUUCACCAGAAACUGACACAAACCCGUAUUCGGACAUCAUUCAUGGUGAGUCUUUAAUGGAUGACAUUAGCUCGAUGUUAGGUGAAGUUUUGUAUGGAUAUGAUUUGGACAGUGUCGAUAAUACUUAUACCGAAGACACGUCUCUGUUUGCAAGCGAUUUAGAAAGAAAACGAAGCGUAAAAAAAGAUUCCCUCGAACGCAAGCGCAGAGCGUCGCGCACAAAAUCCGAAGAGGAAACGCAGUUCGGCUUCGAAAAUCGCGCGUUCAUGUCGCAACACGUCUUCCUCGACAACAAGCUCGAAUCGGACCCGCCCCGCUACUGCAGCCUUGCGCAGUUCGUCGAAGGCAACGACAUCGCGCGGAAGUCCUUCAAAGGCAAAAGAACGAGCACGAAGAUGUCGAAGACGGAAGCGAACGUGACGAGACAGAGCACGCUAUUGGAGGAGCGCGAGUCGGAGGCCACUACGCCGAUUAACAAAGGCAGCAUUACCAACUUAAAUAAAAUGGAAAAGGAACUGUCUAAUGUCUCGACGAGCACACUCAAAGCUCUCGAGGACGACAAGGAGAUUUUAAAAGAGGAUUCGUGUAAGUUCCCACAAGUGUGCGUGAUAGUAGAGCCCCCUUCUCCGGUCAUGACCGAACAAAUUCGUUCGGAACGGCUCGAGAAUAUCCGAAUAGAGAUAGAAGGCGAAUCGGAACCGGAAAUAGAUUUCCAUAACCUUUGUUCCAAGGCGGACAAAUUAUCGACCAGCGACAUCACGAGCAACAACAGCAGCUUGAAUUUGCUUGGCAUCGACAACGAACAGUUUUUGACGCGAUCUCCUGCAGCCACUAGAAGGAUUUCCUGCUGCAGCAUGCUAAAUCCCACCGAAACUGCAGCUCUGGCUGCAGCUGCAGCAACCAGCAAUUUUUACGCCGAUUCCGAGAGGAAAGAAAAGAAGGUGGAUGAGGGAGAAAACAGGAAAUUUCCAAUUAUCAAUCCUUUGGUUCAGUUACCAACUUGGCCAAAUGUUGGGGCGGGUACAGGUUUCAUCGGUAAAUGCCUUCUGGCAAAUGCAGACGCGUUAUGUGCAGCAGUAAGUCCUUUAAUAGAUCCAGAUGAAUCCAUUCUAGAAGGUUACUAUGAACGGUGCGUCAUGAAUAACUAUUUUGGCAUUGGAAUUGAUGCCAAAAUUUCGCUUGAUUUUCACCACAAAAGGGAAGAGCAUCCGGAAAAAUGCAGAUCUAGAGCCAAGAAUUACAUGUGGUAUGGUGUUUUGGGCAGCAAACAAUGGCUGCAGAAGACAUACAAGAAUUUGGAGCAAAGGGUGCAGUUGGAAUGCGAUGGUCAGAGGAUUCCGUUGCCUAGUUUGGAGGGAAUUGUAAUCUUGAACAUUCCAAGUUUUAUGGGUGGAAUAAACUUCUGGGGUGGAAAUAAAGAAGGCGACAUGUUUAUAGCCCCAAGUUUUGAUGACAAGAUUUUAGAAGUUGUCGCUGUUUUUGGAUCAGUACAAAUGGCUGCUUCAAGACUUAUAAACCUACAGCACCAUAGAAUCGCACAGUGUCAAAGCAUACAAAUCAAUAUUCUAGGUGACGAAGGGGUGCCAAUCCAAGUGGACGGUGAGGCGUGGAUCCAACCGCCUGGCAUAAUCCGCAUCAUGCACAAAAACCGGAUGCAGAUGCUCUGCAGGAAUCGCUCUCUGGAAAACUCGCUCAAAUCGUGGGAGGAAAAGCAACGACAAAGCAUAGCAGCGCAGGGGGCGAAGCAGCGCUUCUCGAUAUCGCACGACAAACACGACAAGACGCGGCAGAGUUUGGCGAGACAGAGCAUGCCUGCGCACGACAACAAGACGUUCCUGAGCGUCAAGAUCGACAAGAUUCGGCAGCAUUCGUUCAGCGGGGUCGUGCCGAUACACGCCGAGAAGGAGAAGGAGAGGCCAACAGUCACGUUCAACUUGGAAAAACCGAUGAGUUCCAACGAACCAGACGCUAGCUUUUCCGAAGAAGAACACUAUCUUCUCAUCAACUUUAUCGAAUGCAUUACAACCUUAACAAAAUGGAUAAAAAUGUUGGCAAUCAGCUACACGUUAGAGACCGACUUAUACUCUUUGGCAACGAAAACCGACGAAAGCCUCGAACGACUUCACCCGAACGGAAAGCUGUUGGAGGGUACGAAGCUGCGAGCGGAAUUCACGAAGCUUGUUGCUACAGUAAAAACCCUGUACGAAGAAAGUUGCUGCUUACUGCACGACAGGGGUGACAAGUUAAAGCUUAGGGAGGACUUGGAGAAUAAAUUGAGCGCCAGCUUGGCAAACACCGAGCUGGAAAUGAGGAAGUGCGUUAUGUACGACACGCCUACUGGGAGCAUGGUUUAUUUGCAAGCCCUACAAGGCGACCAGAGUGAGCACAAACGCAAAGGCCUGUUCUGGCUGAAGUUCCGCAAGGCGUCGCACUCUGCGGAAUCGAGCCAGAAGCGCGAGGUGGCCUCGUGGGGCACGCAGGAGGUGGCCACCUGGCUGGACACGUUGCAGCUGGCCGAGUACAUCGACAGCUUCGUCAAGAACGACAUCAGGGGCAGGGAGCUGCUCACCCUGGCGCGGAGAGAUUUAAAAGACUUGGGAGUCACGAAAGUUGGACACGUCAAAAGGAUACUGCAAGCCAUCAAGGAUCUGACGCAGGGAUUGUAAAUUUUACAGGAGUUUGGAGGCGGUUUUUUUUAGUUGUUAGUGUUCCCCUGAUCUCUGUUCAAAUGCUGCACCGCCGAGUCGUGUCAAGUUUUGGCCUCUAUAUUUACCUACUUAUAAUUUUUUUAAGAAUUAAAUAAAUAUACAAUUUUAACAAAAUUUGGCACGGCCAGGGUGUUUUAAUUUUAAAUUGUCCAGGUAAAAUCGGUUUUGUUGAAAUUGACAUGAAAUACAAAAUAAAAAGAAAAAACGGCGUUGGGGUGUGAUUAAAAACAGAUAUGAGUAUGAGUAUUAGGGUGUGCCAAAAAAACUCGAAAUAGUUUUUUUCUUGCUCUCCACCUAAAAUAUCGUAGAAUAUGUCCGAACAAAUAUUCUGUUAAAAGCGGAGCUCAUAAUUUCAAUUU